GUUUUUUUUUUCCAGGAAAACGCGAGAUAAUCGAGUGCUGACUGUGUAGUUUAAGUUGAAGGAAAGAAAGCGUGAAAAAUGUCGGAACCGGUGAAGAUCCCCGAAGAAAAUAAUGAUAGUUUCACGCCGGAUGCUUCGCCUGGCGUCGCAAAUUUAUCGUUUCCGAGUCCGAUCAUCACGAAGCGGAUGCGAUCCAAUUCGAUGUCUGAGCGUUUGUUGAUGAAUCCUGAACAUAAAGGCAUGGUCAAGUACUUCAGCAGGUCUCACGGGCAUGGUUUUAUCAAACCGAAUGACGGUGGAACCGAUAUUUUCCUGCAUAUCUCCGAUAUUGAUGGCGAAUAUGUUCCGAAAUCUGGGGACGAAGUAGCGUAUAGGUUGUGUCCGAUUCCUCCCAAGAUGGAGAAAACACAAGCGGUGCACGUGAGAAUUGUCAACUUCUGCCCGAGUCGCCAUCAAAGGUGGACUUCACCUUGCGAACAAGAUGAAGACGAGGCGAUUCCUCCGACGUCUUCUAUGCCUGCCAUGGCCGACUAGGCAAGAUUACGACUGACUCGGAAACAAAUGAACACCAACAAAAAAUUGCGUGGAAGUGAAAAGAAUUUUGAGCCAGAAAAGCGUUCAGGAAUGACACGCUCUCAAAUGAAAGAGAGCCAACAAGAGCGCCGGGUUGAAUUUCCAGAAACCGUGGAAGUUUGAGGGGUCUAUGUUUCUUUUUUUUUUUCUCUCUCUUGGUCUUGUGCAAUCUUGGCAAAUUUCGCGCAAAAUUUCCUGGAAAUUUAUCGUGACAAGAUUUGUGUGUGACCUUUUUGACAAAAUAUUUUUAGACGUUUCGGUUGCGAAACUUGGGAGAUGCUGGGACGUGUGCUCAAGCGACAUGACCGCCUGCGACCAACAAUCCAACGUUAGCUCUAAAAACGCGCUUUUUUUACAUUUUCGAUUGAAAAGACUUCUAAUUUAGUGCCUCGACUUCUUUUGGUGCAGGUUAACAUUUUUUUCUUGCGAUUAGGGAUUGAAUCUUCUAGCAUUUUCUUCGCCGCAUACACGAAGAAAUAUCUUCGGUAUCGUCCCUGAUUAUUAUAAUAUUUUUUUUGGACAGAAGCUUGUUGCUGCUAUAGCCAGCGUUACCGAGCUGUUCUUUUUUUUUUUUGUCGAGGUGUACGAAGAGAAUCAAACUUCGGGUAUAUUGGGGAUUUUUCGUUGGAAUGAGUGCCACGAGUUAUGGCCGGAAUGCGGCAGAUCAGUGGGCGGAGAAAUCGUAUUUUUUUUCCUGAGAGAACUGAAACAGGAACAACAUUACGCUGUACUGUUCGUGUGUGGGGGGAAGAGAAAUGAGUGUGUGAUGUGUUUCUUGUCUUGAGAAGCCGUCUGAUUUUUUCUUCCGCCCACAUCUGUUAACUUUUUUUUUUUCUGGUGCGCGAUGAAGAAACAGAGCGAGUCCGCAAUGGAUUCUUUACGAGAA